GGGGCGCGGCCUGAGCUGUCUCCACCAAUGAGCGAUCGCGUUUCCCUGGGCCGCGGGUUGUCGUGGCAACGGGAAUGCGGAAGCGCGGGCCGCGCAUGCGCAAUUGCGGCGCGGGCAGGGGGCAGCCCCAUGGCGGAGCUGCAUCUCUUCGGGGAGAUCGAGGGCGCCUCCGGCUUCUCCCAGCGCCGCCUCUUCUGCAAGUGGGGGCUGCACGCGGGCGGGGCCUGGACGCUGCUGGCCGGGGCGGGAGCGGGGCAGACGCAGGUCGAUGACCCCCAGGUGGACGAUGUGGCCCAUUGGGGACACCCCCUGGACAUGCACCUGGCCACCAAGGGCCUGCAGGGGUGGCCGAAGCUGCUGCUGGAGGUGUGGCACGUGGACAGUUGGGGUCGCCGGGGCCUGGCGGGUUACGGGGUGUGCGCGGUGCCGAGCGCUCCCGGCUCUCACCUGCUCACCUGUGUCACCUGGAGCCCGCGGGGCUCACCUGGGCAGCGCCUGCUGGGCCCGGGGGCGCCGCAGCUGCUCCGGCCCGAGGCGGCCGCCAGCGCCGGGGAGCGGUUCCGCCUGCGCACCGAGAGCGCCGGUACCGUCCAGCUGAGACUGGGGGUGCUGCCCCGGCACCUGCAGCGCUUCGGGGUGGCGCUGGGGUGACACUGGGGACACCGGGGUGACACUGGGACAUCACUGCUGCCCCGGCACCUGCAGCGCUUCGGGGUGGCGCUGCGGUGACACUGGGGACACCGGGGUGACACCGGGGACAUUGGGCCGGGGACAGGGUGACAAGGGAUGAGAUUUUGGGGUCACUCCGGGCUUGGGGGCCCUCGGGGGAGGGGCGGGGGGUGGCACAGGGGGGGUCCCCAAGGUUUGGUGGCCUCGCCACCCCUUUGUCUCCCCGCCGUGUCCCCAAUAAAAUGUGUGUCACCAAGCGC